AUGGCCGGCCUGUCGUUUGAUAACUAUCAGAGGAACCAGUUCCUCGCAGAGCGCUCUAAAACCACGCCGCAGGCUACUUCCACAGGUACUACAAUUGUGGGAGUUAAGUUCAAUGGAGGGGUGGUCAUUGCAGCCGAUACCAGAUCCACAACCGGCCCAAUUGUAGCCAACAAAAAUUGUGCAAAACUGCAUAGGAUGGCCCCACGGAUUUGGUGUGCGGGAGCCGGUACCGCGGCCGACACAGAAGAGGUAACAAGACUGAUCGGGUCUAACCUGGAACUGCACUCUCUUUACUCUUCACGAGAGCCUCGGGUAGUUUCCGCAUUGCAAAUGUUGAAGCAGCAUCUGUUCAAAUACCAAGGCCAUGUCGGCGCGUACUUGAUUGUGGCUGGUGUCGAUCCCACGGGUGCCCAUUUGUUUUCCAUACAAGCACACGGAUCCACCGACGUAGGGUUCUACCAAAGUCUGGGGUCCGGAUCGCUGGCAGCGAUGGCGGUAUUGGAGGCCAAUUGGAAACAAGAAUUAACUCGUGAGGAGGCAAUGGAUCUAGCCUCGGAUGCAAUCGAGGCCGGUAUAUGGAAUGAUUUGGGCUCCGGUUCCAACGUGGAUCUGUGUGUGAUGGAAAUAGGGAAAGACGCGCAGUACCUAAGAAACCAUAGAACUCCCAAUGAAAGAGCAGCCAAACAAAGAAGCUACAAGUUCGCCAGGGGAACCACCGCGUUUUUGAGCGAACGCGUGCUCGAUAUAUGUCAAGUUGAAGAGGAGACCGUAGACAUCGAGUUGGAGGCUUGA